UCCGCAGGUUCAUUUGGGGUUUAUCUUACCUGUUAACGUUUCGUGUAAGUUAUUUGCAAACCGUGGCAUUACUUUAAAGAAAUACGUCAGAACUUUACUGGUCGCAGGUGAGAAGAGGAAAAGCGUUGGCGGAAGGAAGAGAGGAAGGAGGACACUUGGAAAGGAGGAAGUAAAUAAGAACGAACUCGGCCGUUAGGCUCAACAGGUCAGCCUCCUCUUCGGUGUGUCUUAAACGGAGCGGCUCGAAACAACAAGAACAUGCCGUACGGACCGUGGAAGAAGAAAAACAAGGCGACGAAGGAGCACUUGGUCGAAAACGAAGAGGUGAGCGGCGGACACGCAGGUGCUGGCAGCCUGGGUAAAUCCGCCGUGAACGGAGCGGGGCUCCCGCCUCCACCUGCCAGCCAGCGGCCCAAGCUGGUGUUCCACACGCAGCUAGCGCACGGCAGCCCCACCGGCAGGAUCGAGGGAUUCGCCAACGUCAAGGAGCUUUACGCCAAGAUAGCGGAGGCGUUCAAUAUCAGCCCACCUGAGAUCCUGUUCUGUACCCUCAACACCCACAAGAUUGACAUGGAGAAGCUGCUGGGGGGCCAGAUUGGCCUGGAGGAUUUUAUCUUUGCCCACGUUAAAGGGAUCAAGAAGGAGGUAGAAGUGCACAAGUCUGAAGACGCCCUUGGCCUCACUAUAACUGACAAUGGAGCAGGCUAUGCUUUUAUAAAGCGAAUCAGAGAGGGCAGCGUUGCAGACGAGGUGAAAGUGAUCAGCGUGGGCGACCACAUAGAGUGCGUUAACGGACACAACAUCGUCGGGACACGGCAUUACGAGGUCGCCCGCAUGCUCAAAGACCUUCCCAGAGACAAGUCUUUCACCCUCAAACUGGUCGAGCCCAUGAAGGCUUUCGAAAUGCUUGAGCCAAGGUCAAAGGGCGGCAAGCCGGGCAAUGAAAAUAAGGUUGGCACAGGAAGGAGUACCCUGAGACUUCGCUCCAAAGGUCCAGCUACUGUGGAGGAAGAGCUGACAGAAUUUGACGAGAAAGCAAUAAAGAAAGUAGAUGACCUUCUGGAGAGCUACAUGGGGAUCAGAGACACAGAGCUGGCUGCUACAAUGGUCGAAGUCGGCCGUGACAAGAUGAACCCUGACGAGUUCGCCAUGGCUCUGGACGAGACCCUCGGAGACUUCGCUUUCCCCGACGAGUUUGUCUUUGACGUGUGGGGGGCCAUCGGAGACGCCAAGCAGGGCAGAAUUUAAGUUUUCUGCUGCUGCCUCACCCCAACCACACACCCACCUCUCUGAAGCCAACUGGACAAACAGGCAGGCUGGAUUGUUGAUGUACAUGAAGAAUUUAACGAUAUCUGGACCUUUGACCUGCCUCCAGUGUGCAGAAGGUUGAUUGAGUCCAGAUGUUGCAUAAAGCUGUUGCAUACCCCCUUAGCUGCAGUCAGCAGAUGUUUGUCACAGUGGCUAUAAAUUGCACUUUCACAAGCUUAAAUUUCCCGUUUCGUACUCUGACUCUAUUUUCUAGUUGUUUGGAUAUACAGAUGUGCUAGAUUUUUUUUUUUUUUAAUAUCUAAGAAUGUUGCUGAUUUUACAGCAACGUCAUUUAAUUAGAAUAAUUGUACCAAUUUGUAGCAAUAUUUCUCUUUCCAGGUAACUUUAUUUUGUGUUUCUAGUCAGGUCACAUCUGCUAGCCAUCAGAUUACUCGUGAUCAUUUCUCAGCUGAUCCAUCUGUUCAGCCUUUUUAGGUUUAGAUGCCGGUAGCUAAGUUGAUAAACAUUCCUAAUGAUUUUUCUCAGUGUCUUGGUCAAAAGGGUCAUUUAGAUAAGUUUGUCCUUUUCCUGUAAAUUGUCAUAUGAAAUCACAAUGGAGUGGCGACAAUAAAGACAUUUAUUUUUAGAGUCAUAUAUGAAUUUCUGUAGCCACGUAAGCUGUCUGCAACCAUAGGGGAUCGCUGAUGUUGCAUAAGAAAAAUAAAUAAAAUGUGCUAUAUUGUGA